GCCUGUGGUUGAUCUAAUUUCAGGAUACGUGGUGGUAAAACCAAGUGUGGAGUUUGAUUUUUGUGUUAUAAAAAUAAUCUAGGACUUCAUGUAUGGAUGAGCAUGUGGUCUUAGCAUGUGUACAGCCUUGAAUUCAGUUCUCAGUGGUGUGCAGCUCUCCCUCACAUACAGACUAAUAGGGGCUAAUUGUAGUGUAGUACGCUCUUAAUCUUAGCAUAGGAAGCUAAGGCAGGGUUGCUCUGAUUGUGAGGCCAGCCAGUGAUAGCAAGAAACUUGUCAAGGGAGGAAGACUUCUUAGAGUAUAAAGUAAUUUAUUGAGUCUAAUUACUGUGGUAGCCACUAAUUACAGUAUCUAUUUAUAUCUUACUCUGGUAUUUGUAUAUAUUUAUCAUCUCUAAUUGUAGCUAAGGAUGACUUUGGACUUGAUCUCUAGGCAGUAUUACUGACAAGUAUUGUAUCACACCUGACUUGUUCCUUUUAGGAUAGGCACUGUGCAUUCAGGGUCUGCCUCCAACUCAGCAGUCCCGUACCACUUCAGACUGAGUCCUGGAAUUCUAGGCAUCAGCUACCACACCACAUCUGUCUUGUUUGUAACAGUUUGUUCAUACCAUGAGUAAUGUGUGACUUGAUUUACUCAGUGGUCUGUUCUAUAAUAUUCUGUUGAAUGAAUGCAUUUCUCAAAAUUGAAAGUUUUAGUUAAGUGAUUGACACUAGUUUGACCAGAAAGCUAUUUCAGUUCCAAAAUAAAAGGAAAUGCAGCAAAAUCAGCUUUGACAAGCAGGACAUAGUACCCAGUUACUUUGGAGGCACUUCUUGACAGCUUAUCUGCAGAAGGGAGCUAUUAGGGUUUUGUCUUUUGGGAGAAGGUGAGCUACUGAGGAGCUCCAGUGAUCUGAAAGGAGAGCUGCCUCUUGCUCAGGGCCAGAAGGCUCUGGAGAGUUGUUUGAGCAUGAAGAAGUGGGCUGUACCCUGACUCUAAGAUAGUAUCUACUAGUGUUCUGAAAGGCAGGCACCAUCGGUGCCCUUGCCUCAGUCAUUAAGCAGUAACUGCUUCAGAGCUGACCCUCAGUUAUUCUAGCCAGUUAAAAGUAGACAAAGCAGAGAUUCUGUUUACUCACGAAUGGCCUUUGUGCAUUAAUACGUGCUUAGAGACAGUUCUAUCCUAGGUGGCCUUCAAUUCACUAAAGUAUUAUUCCCUCAGCCUUCACUCUGAAAUUACAGACAUAUGCCAUAACAUUUGACAAUUGCUGUUACUUUUACAGUGAAUUGAAAACAUUUAAUAGUGGGAUGACCACUGUCCCACUUAAGCAUCUAGCUUUAACAAUGUAUACUUGUGCACUUCCAGUUUUGAAGGUAACCUUGGCAUUUAAUAAUGCUGAUGUAGUACAUAAUUGUAGAGGGCACUUAAACCAAGUCUUAAGUCCUGCCAUAUGUGGUGGGUGGCAAAAGACUGAUCCAACACCAGGCUAUUUUUGAGACCAGAGUAUGUCCACAUGGGCUAUAUGGGUAAGAUUGUCCCAAAAGAGGGUCUCUAAAUCGAUUGUUCCAAAUUGGUUACAAAUAGACAAAUAUUAGGUAGUUUCCCAAUUCUGGUUUUGCUGGUUAGAAUCUGUGCCUUGUAUUUGCUAUAAAUAGGUAAAUCUUAGACAGUUGUUUUUCCACUUAAACCACUACCUGGGAAAUUGAUGAAAAAUACAGCUUCUCGGGUCCCAACCCUGGAAACACUGAGCCAGAAAUCCUGAGUGGAAUGGAGUCUUACAUGGCUUUAAAAAGCUCUCAAGAGGUUCUGGUGAAAUUUUGCGAAGGGUGUUGGUUUGGACUGCCCUCCACUAGGCCCAACAGAACAGAGUGGAGUUAUUCAUGCUGAAGCUGGAUGGCACCAUGUAGACAGCAGAGUCAUUUAUCUGGUCUGAGGAACUGAUCUGGGCAGUAGCUAGAUCCUACUGGCCAGAAAAGGAAGUCCCUUUCACUUUGACCUUUAUGAGAAGAACAACAGUGAAAAAUCAAGGGCCCCAUUCUGUUCCUUCAUUCUUCUUCUGCCUCUGAAGCCAACGCUCAGCAAAUCAGAGCUUUUGGUUUCUAAAGUAGAUGAAGCACAAAAGGUAAUUUUAGCUUUAUAUUUUGAUACAAGUUACUUGUAGUUUCAUGGUAGUUGUGAUUACACUCAGUUCUGAAUUCCCUAACAGGCUACCAAAAUAAGCUUGAGGCCUGAGGUGUACUAAGUGCUGAAGCACUUCCGUGGCGUGUGUGAGGCUAUGGGUUAAUGCCCAUUGCUCUAGAACACAACUGCCAUCACACAGACGGUUGCUGCAGGCUUCAUUCACUGGAGGUUGCAUUGGCCCUGCCCCUGAGCUGAGGGUGGUGGUGUGCAUCUAUAUUGGCAGUAUAGUAGAGUCACUCCUGGGCCAGUAGUGUUAGCAGCUGUAGUGUUGACAAAACACAUACCAGGCCCUAGGUUCAGGGCCUGCCACUGUGUAAAAAAAAAAAAAAAAAAAAAAAAAAAAAAAAAACCUCUAGGAAAUGGAAUGAUACCCAGGUUUUCAGGAAACUGCUGUGUAACCCUGGACAAUCUGGUGUGUAUAUAUGGGUGUCAUACUGCUUUCACAAGUCCUGCCAUGUGUGUCCUGGGAAUUUCAACUCAAGUGACCAGAAUUAGCAAGUUUUUAGCCUCCAAGCCAUCUCCUGACCUUGGUACUCUGAUGAUGAGUUGGAGUACCCUCAGAGGUACAUAUCAUUUCUUCCCCUCCCAGUUUACCCCUGGUGACUGCUGUAGUACCGUGACUUUAAGGCAUGAAGACCAAGCUAACUCACGAUAGUUGAGUGUUGGGACCCUUAAGGCUUAAGUUGGUUCAAUGUUUAGCUCAGGAAGUUGGAGGUAACCAGUUAGAUCAAUGAGUAUAAAAGAAAGAUCUCUAAAGUUCCCAAACUAAGUCUUUAUGUAAUUGUACUGUCCCUUUUGGACUAUUUAGCCAGCUAGGUGGCAGGUCACAUGUUCAUGCUUAUUGCUAGCCUGUGCAAACAAGAUGGACAUGGGAAGGAGAAAGUCUUAGUCCAUCCUUCACCUCAGUGGAUGGAAUAUCUUACUGAUAUUUUCACUGUAAUCAUUCCUGGGCAAAAUUGAAAUUAAAAAUUACAUAAAAGUGUUCAAAGAAGAGAGCUUUUUCUUGUUUUGUGCCACAUGCUUGCCUUGCCAGCCAUUGGAAAGGCAAGUGAGCUCUGAGUGCUUCUGACCAAACAAGGGGACCAACUAACAAGGGAACUUUCAGCAGUGGGGCUUAGGUUGCAGGGCUGGAUUCCAUUGUCACCUUGUCCUGUAUUGGAAUGCUUGAUUCUGCUCUGUUGGAUUACCUGUCUAGAACAUCUGGAACUUUGUGGUACAUUUUUAAAGGACCUAAUCAUACUGAGUCAUGGCUGCCCCAUACUUCCCCCUCUGUUAAGUUACUCUGCACUACUACUAAGACAUCUCAGAUCCCAGGCUUUCAUUGCCCGUGGGUGGGUUCAAAAACUGCUGCAGCAUCCACAGUCUAAGGACAGGCUGGUGAGGCAAAAUCUUGAGCUUCUCUUCCUGAGGUGACUGACGAGAUGGCUCAACAGGUAAAAGCACCUUGCCACUAACCUGAGUUAGAUCCUUGAGACUCAUCAUCUAAAGAGAACUGCCAGCUGUCUUUUGGGCACAUGAGCAUGUGCACACAAAACUUAGAAUGUAAACACAAUAAACCAAACUAGAGUUAUCUCUGGUACAGCCCUGUUACCAACCCAAAUUAAACUAAACUAUCUGACCUCCCGAGAAAUCAAGUGGAAGCUAAAUUUCCAAACAGGCCAGUCUCAGCAGGAUGGCUUAGUAGUUGAGAGCAUGAGCUUCCGUUCCAAAGGGCUCGGGUUCAAGUCCCAGCACCUAUAUGGUGGUUCAACAACUUCAAUUCCAAUCCCAGGAGGUCCAGUCAUACAUAACACAGACAUAACUUGUGGGCAGAACACUCGUGUAUGCAAAGCAGUCUGAAGAUAAUCUAACAAUACCAGAACAGCUCAGUCAUUCCUGCCUCAGCCUCCUGAGUCACCAGGACUAUAUGAAUAUGUCUCUGUGCCCUGAUACUCUCAAAUUGUUCUUAUAUCUCAGUGCGGAUGCUAUUCUCCCUACUGAACAGAUCUGAACACGUCUGAUGGUUAAAAGGGGAUGUUCCCAUGACAACAGUGUUGUCUCUUUGGACCAGUAGUAGAUUUAGUUCUACAAGUGAAUGACAUUACCUUUCUGCCUUCACUGACUGCCAAGAGGGUAGGUCCAUUGAGAUGGUGGAACAGGUGAAAAAGCUUUUGCUUUACAAGCUUGGCAUCAGUUUGAUCCCUGGUAGAAGAAAAGAACUGACUCCCCAAAGUCUUACUCUGACCUUCCUUCAUGAGCCAAUGGCACUCACAUCAUAUACACAUCAGUACUUUGUAAAGGAUGCAACAAGCCUAGAGAUCCCGUGCAUAUGGGUAUAAGCCUAGGGAUUUGAUCUUCAUGGAUGACUUGUCUCCACUAAGCACUGACUGAGCAUCCAAGUAACAUGAUUUCUGAGCUGCACCCCAAAUGGCUUGUGUGUUUUCUUAGCCCUCCAUAUAAUCUAAUAAGGUUGUCAUAGGCCUAUUUCAUGGUCCCCAAAGACCAUGUUUGGUGAUCUGCCAGAUCAGCAAGAGCUCUAAACCACUGAGCCACCUCUCCAAGCCCUCUGGUGAUUUAUUUAUAUGAGUACACUGUAUAUAAGUAUAUAUUUAUGUAAAUGAAUACACUUCAGACACACCAGAACCAGAUUCCAUUAUAGAUGGCUGUGAGCCACCAUGUGGUUGCUGGGAUUUGAACUCAGGACCUCUGGAAGAGCAGUCAGUGCUCCUAACCACUGACUUAUCUCUCCAGCUUUAUGUAGCCCUUUUGGGUUUCUGUUAAUAUUCCCAGUUUGCACAGUCUGAUGUGUCUGUAGAGGCAGAAAUGUUUUCAUGCUCGAAGAGCAAAACCCUGCUUGCUAUUAUUCUGAGAUCCUUGAACUACUAAAUCAUUGACUUCAAUUCUGAUAGAAACAGGAAGUAUGGACUGCUUCCAAACAGUUCCCUCCGUGCUUCUGUAUGGCAACACCAUCUGGGCCCAUUCUUGGGAAGAGGGGGGAAUAUGAAGAAAACAUUGUGCUUAUUCCUAAAAGCAGGCUGGGAGGCCCCCAGGGUAAGGCGAGCAUAGCAGCAGAGCUGCCCACAUCACAGCAGCCUAGAAAGGUCUCGCCACCCCUGAGGAUGCUGGGUGAGGUAUUAAGCCAGUAUUAAGACCAGUGAGUAUGCAAAUGAGCAAAAAGUAGCAACUGGUGUCUACAUGAGCCGUUCCUGGGUCCCUCCUGCUCAAAUUCCAUGCAUCUGUUUGAAUCACUAAAAAAGAUUUGUAAUUGAGAAACCAUGUGUUCAAAUGGGUUUACCACUUUAGUACUUAACCAUUUUGGGAUCUCUAAAUAAGUAGAGUCUGGAUAGAGAGAAGAAAACUGAUUGAUUGUGUGUGUGUGUGUGUGUGUGUGUGUGUGUGUGUGUGUGUGUGUGUGAGUGAAGAGGCUUCUGUGGAUAUGGUUAUCCCCAUCCUUUUCUGACUAAUCUUGUUCCUAAAAAUACAAAAUGUGAUUAAAACUGUGGAGGCAAGGCAGAACACGUGUAAAGAGUAGUUAAGAUCUAUAUAAAUUUAAACUGUUGAUCACAGCAGUUGGGAGAAUACCAUUUAAAUAAGAACUAUCUUUCAUCUGGACUAAAUCUAAAGAUUUGGCUGAUGGCUAGCUACUACAUAAGCCAAGUAAACCUGUUUUCUUUUCUGCGAAAUAAAGGAGUAAAAUUAAAAAUGAGUGUAUAAGAGGGAACUGGGGCGACUGAAGAGUUGACCUCUUUCACAUGGGUUAGUCAAUCAGAAGACACGAGUACCCACUCUGCUAGUACUGCGGAUACUAAGAACCAGUGGGUUUCUUCCUAGAGUGUGGGGUCUCUUUAACUCCUGAGUUACUCAAGUCUCCUAUGAUACAGGCGUGGUGUUAGAAUAAGAACCAAUAAAAAUAGCGGUCUGGUAGAGACAGAUCAAUUAAAAAAAAGUGGAAGGCACAAGAGCAAUGAUUUGCUCAAAUCAACACAAAAGGAACCAUUCUCGAACUCUAGAAUGCAGCAUGAUAGUCUUCCAAUGUUCAGUGGAAGCGCAGGAGGUACAGUGAUGUUCCCAGGGAACAUGGUCAACCAGUGGCAGUGGAUCAUCCAAAGGCUGCUAUGGCUGGGGUCCUCGAUGCCAAGCAAGCUCAAGGCGUCCCUACUAUGGUUGUGCGUGCUCUUCACCCAUUCUAUGAGUUCCCUGAAACUCCUAAAGUCCCCUCCAAAUGUGGAACCCGACUUAGGCAAGGUUGCAGCCUUGCUGGAUAAGACGGCCUGGAAGGAAUCCAACAGGCUAACUGCUUCUGGCUCUGUGGUUCCCAGGAUGCUAUAAAAACCUCCACCCACUUCUCCAGCGCAGCUAGCGGGUCUCACAGGGGAGAGACAAUUAAGCCUGCACCCCCAAGGCUCCGACGGAAAGCAAAAGCUGUAACCUAGGGCCAUGGCCAUGCAGACCCGCCAGCUAAGGAGCUCUGAGCCCCCUCUGCAGGGUACAGGCCCGCCCCCUGUGUGCGCAGGCGCGCGCCGCACCAGGCUCCCACGGUCGCUCGGUGCGGGCGGCAACCGCCAGCCUUGCAGACGCAACCAGAUGGAGGGGCACAGUGACAUGGAAAUAAUAAGGGCAGUGAAAGGGUCUGCCACGGGGGAGAUCAACGUACACCUGGUGGCCAGAGACAGCGCGGGUUCCCACCCUCACCUGCCUACAACCACCUUCAUCAUUCCUACCAAUGCAGCUACCCUUGGUCUGCCUAGCACUGCCCUGGAUGUGUCCUACCCCCGGGAGCCAGUCCACGUGGGCGCAGCGGAGCGAGUGGCUGGCAGCGAACCCGUCACAGCCACCAUUCUGCCACAGCUGAGCACCGGACCAGGGACCAAUAGCACAGUCAGGCUUCUGGACUGGACAGGGGUUUCUGCACCUUUAGCUGGGAGCGGCAUGAGGCCCUCAGAACUUGGUCCUGCAUCCCAGUUCCGGAUAAACGAGUACGCGACACAGAACAUGAUCGAAAUAGAGCGGCCACGAAGCCCAGAGCAGCGACAUGAGGGUGGCACGGCUGGAAGAGAAGCAGACAUCCAGCACCCUGAUGUUCACAAGGACCCUCAAGAAGUCAUUCCUCAGGAACCUUCAGUAGACGCAGGUUCUUGCAAGUGCCAGACUUGUGGGCCCCAACAAAGUAUUGGUCUAGACGUUGGUUCAUCCGGAGACCGGUGUCCUCAGCCUUUCCAGAAGCGGUCAGUCAUAGUUGAGAACUCAGGCUGUACCGUCGCUUCUGAGCUGAUAAAACCCAUGAAAAAGAGGAAACAUAAGGAGUAUCAGAGCCCGUCAGAGGAGUCCGAGCCGGAGGCCAUGAAGCAAGGAAAAGGAAAAGACCCAGACAGAGAGCCCACCCCGGGCACCUCAGAGAAUGAGGAGUGGAGCAGAAGCCAGCUGGUGUCCAGUGAGAAGAAGGAAGGCUGGUCCUGGGAGUCCUACCUGGAGGAGCAGAAGGCAGUCACGGCCCCAGUUAGCCUCUUCCAGGACUCCCAGGCAGUCACCCAUAACAAGAAUGGCUUCAAACUGGGCAUGAAGCUAGAGGGCGUUGACCCCCAACACCCGUCCAUGUACUUCGUCCUCACUGUGGCUGAGGUGUGUGGCUACCGCCUGCGUCUGCACUUUGAUGGCUACUCUGAGUGCCAUGACUUCUGGGUCAAUGCCAACUCCCCGGACAUUCAUCCUGCCGGCUGGUUUGAGAAGACUGGACACAAGCUGCAGCCUCCCAAAGGUUACAAGGAGGAGGAGUUCAGCUGGAGCCAGUACCUGCGCAGCACGAAAGCUCAGGCAGCCCCCAAGCAUCUGUUUGUGAGCCAGAGCCACAGUCCUCCGCCGGUGGGCUUCCAGGUGGGCAUGAAGCUAGAAGCUGUGGACCGCAUGAACCCAUCCCUCGUGUGUGUGGCCAGCGUGACCGAUGUGGUGGCCAGCCGCUUCCUGGUGCACUUUGAUGACUGGGACGAUACUUAUGACUACUGGUGUGAUGCCAGCAGCCCCUACAUCCACCCAGUAGGCUGGUGCCAGAAGCAAGGAAAGCCCCUUACCCCUCCACAAGACUACCCAGACCCUGACAGCUUCUGCUGGGAGAAAUAUCUAGAAGAAACUGGGACCUCAGCUGUGCCCACUUGGGCCUUCAAAGUGCGACCCCCUCACAGCUUCCUGGUCAACAUGAAGCUGGAGGCUGUAGACCGCCGGAACCCAGCACUGAUUCGGGUAGCCAGUGUGGAGGAUGUGGAGGAUCACCGGAUAAAGCUCCACUUUGAUGGCUGGAGUCACAACUAUGAUUUCUGGAUUGAUGCUGAUCACCCGGACAUCCAUCCUGCAGGCUGGUGCUCCAAGACAGGACAUCCCCUGGAGCCUCCUCUCCGGCCCAGAGAGUCCAGCUCUGCCUCCCCUGGGGGAUGCCCCCCUCUCAGCCACAGGAGCCCACCCCACACAAAGACCUCCAAGUAUAGCUUUCACCACCGGAAGUGCCCCACUCCUGGCUGUGACGGCUCCGGCCAUGUCACUGGUAAGUUCACAGCUCAUCACUGCCUCUCUGGCUGCCCACUGGCUGAGAGGAACCAGAGCCGGCUGAAAGCGGAGCUGUCCGACUCAGAGACCACAGCCAGGAAGAAGAACCAGUCUAAUUUGUCCCCAAGGAAAAAGCCUCGCCAUCAAGGCCGGAUUGGACGCCCUCCAAAGUAUCGCAAGAUGCCAGAUGAAGAUUUCCAAGCCCUCCCUCCCAGUGUGGUACACCAGUCCCUCUUCAUGUCCACCUUGCCGACCCACGCUGAUCGCCCACUGUCUGUGUGCUGGGAGCAACACUGCAAGCUGUUGCCAGGAGUGGCAGGCAUCUCAGCCUCCGCAGUCUCCAAGUGGACCAUCGAAGAGGUCUUUGGCUUCGUUCAGACCUUGACGGGCUCUGAGGACCAAGCGCGCCUCUUCAAAGAGGAGAUGAUUGACGGCGAGGCCUUCCUUUUGCUGACACAGGCGGAUAUUGUGAAGAUCAUGAGUGUCAAGCUGGGCCCAGCUUUGAAGAUCUAUAAUGCCAUUCUCAUGUUCAAAAACAAUGACGAUGUCUUUAAGUGACUGACUGGGGGGGGGGGGCAGUGUGGAAUGCUCCUCCCACCCUCGCUGGGCUCCCUCUGCAGAUGGUGCUUCUCUCCCAACUUGAGUUCUGCACCCCUGCCCUCACUGUCUGACUAGGUGUACGGGAGCAGAGGCGCCCAGGGAAGAGGGUCUAAGUCCUCAGUCCUGGAGUUCAUUUGUCUCCAGUUGCCCCAGGGAGGGUGUGACUAAACUGAGGCCUGACUGACAGAAAGGGCUGCACGUAUCCUGACUAGGGCAGCCACCUUGGUUAUCGUCUUAGGAAGUAGAAAGACAUGGUAGGCAGUCUCUAUUCAGACCUAUGUCCUUCUUGGCAUCUCGAUGCCCUUUCUCCUCCUCGGACCCUCUCUUCCUAUUAAGAAGUGACCAUGACCUUGGCAUACAUAUUUACACAUGAAAGGUGCCUCCUCCCUUUCUGCUGGUAGCUAUGUACCCUUGCUCCCCAUUCAUGGUCCAGCCAGGCCCCAUGGCUCUUCCCCUGUAGAUGCUUAAGUCUCAGAAAUAUGGGAACUUCCUACUAGGAGCCUCUGGCUGUCUAGGCAGAGAUUCAGAACCAAGGCACCUUCCUGAACACAUUCAGUUCAGGAUCACUGAGCACUGAAGUGGGCAUACGGAGUGAGCAGAUGGUUAAAGCCCCUGUCAUAACAAGCAGGGUCUAAGUCCCCUGAUGCUUUCUCUGUUGGGUGUGGGGAGAAGCCUGGCCUGACUAGCAGUCCAGGCUAGGAUAUCGUCAGACACAUCGGCGUCUUUGACCUGAAGAGUAGCUCCAGAAAGCACGACAGCAGCAUCCUUCUCUCUGUGUCUGUGGAUCUCAGCCAAGAUAUCACACAUGAGGGAGAGUCCCCUGCCAGCCCAGCCUGCCAGUAGAGUGUAGCCGUCCAGCAUACAACCCCUGUGACAUCACGUCCACUCUGUCCCUUAAACGUUUUUCAUUUUGCUCUUAAGACUAACAAAGGCCACUUACAGUAGAAAGUUGGAAAGGUCCCCUCUCCUGGCCUUUCCUGCCAGUCUCCAACAGUCUCUCACUGCCAGCUAGGUUCCUGCUGGGGCUCUAGGACUUGGACCUUUCCGUCCGAGUAGAGAUUCAGCCUCUGCUCAAUUACUGCCAAACCCGCCUCCCAGCCUAAGCGGGGAGUGCCAGAGCCCAAUAGGUGGGAACCAGUGCCAAGCAUCAUCUGGUGCUGAGGUGGGCCCGCAGGCUGAAGAGCAGGGUCGUCCCCCAGUCUGGUAUACUUCUAAGUCGUGGUGUGUGUGUGUGUGUGUGUGUGUGUGUGUGUGUGUGUGUGUGUGUGUGUGUGUGUGUGUGUACAGGUGUUGGUCAUUCCGCAGUGUCUGUCAGGUGCAGUGUUGGGACUAUUAAGGGCGACUGUUAAACUGUGAGGCUUUAUUAUUUCCUCAGAAAUGGGAAGCCAAAAGUCCUUUCUCCAGUGCUUUGGGGACCUCCCCGCCCUAAGCCAGACAGCUUCUGGGGAACAGCCCAGUGGCACCCAGCUAGUCUGGCAGAGGCUCAGAUUUCCUUUCCCUCUCAGCCCUCGGGGGUAACUGAGCUCUGAGCAUAAUCCUUCUAGGAGGGCACCGGACAAGGCUGGCCAAGUGGGGUGGGUGACAGAUGUGACACCACUGCCCCUUUGCCACUCUCUCUCCAAUCUCAGUUGUCUGGGCUGCGGUGGAACCUACCACCCCCUGGCCUUUAGUCUGCCCGCCACACUCUGACGGGUCUGAGGCAGCAAGCGUUCUGUGUUCUUUGGCUGGUGCUGUGACACUACACAGCUCCCGAGGAAGGGACUGUUCAGCUCUGCCAGUGAUGACCGCCUGUGGGAAAGACCAGACGGACUGACGGCCGUGGAGAAGACGACUCACCCCUUCCACAAUAAUACCAGAAACCAAAUCUUAAAAAGUCAAACCUGCCGUCCGACCAUCCCCCACCCAUCCACGACACUGGGUCCCCAGACGAGACCAUUGCACCUUAACCUGGGCGCGCAGGCAGUGGGUGGCUGUUUCUGGCCCUUGUACCCUGACCACUAGCAACAGGAACUACUCACCCUUUGUCCUCAACAGGCUUGUCCCGCCUCGGCCCAGCCCUGGCCUAGGACAGAGAUGAACUCUGUUUAAUUUCCAAGGCAGAGAGAAUGGUUCCAGAGUCUGACAAUGAAACCUGUUUGCAAAUUCAUUCACACGCACCGUGACACGGGGUUACAUUUUUUUUUUACUUACACUGUGCGCGUAUGUCUCUGUGUGUGUGUGUGUGUGUGUGUGUGUGUGUGCUCUCAAGUGUACAUUCUUAAAGAAAAUCCUCUGGUUUGAACUAAAGUAACUCUUGAGAGAGGAAACAGUACAAAGAAAAUAUAGUGAGAUUUGUCUGUGUAUUGAAACAACACAAAAAAAUAAAUGGUUGACCAGUCUGUA